UUCAGACAACUCCUUUUUUCUUGGUCUGAAUUGUGUAUGAUUUGUUUUCUUCAAGUCUAAUCUAUGAAUCAAGCUUUCUUUUUGGCUUUUGAUUGAUACCCAUUUCCAAUUAGGUACUAAAACGAAAAGGGUUUCUCUUAUAUUCCCUUUAUUCUCUAUAUAUUCGACAAGUUUCUUUGUUGUUUUUUCUUUCCGGGGCUGUUUUCGGAGCUGAAUUUAAGGGUUUUUGGGGUUUGAGAACUGGAUUUUGUGUGCUUAUUGGGAAGUUUGUAUUCGUCUGUUUUUGUAGGGUUUUGCUGGAUCUUAAUUGGGAACUUAUUGAAUUACUUGAUUUUGGACUAUUUAGGGUUUUUAUUCAAGAGCAAAGCAGGAAAUGAGCUGUCUUUCAAGUGAUUGGAGUGGUGGAUUGGACAAUUUUUGCACGUCAUUAAUUUGAAAAUCUUCGUAGUGAUAUUGUUGAGCAUUGCUUGUUUUUGGGCAUGGAAGAGGAUUGUGCAUUUAUGAUUGUCCGGUAGUGAUCAAGAAUCAGUUUUAUUUUUAUUUUUUUUGUACUUGAUGGUAAAGGUUUCUGGGUUUUGGAUGUUUUGUGCUUGAUCUUGAACUUGGGAAUGGUUUGUGUAUUAGAGUUUGGUUUUAAGGGAAAGGAGGUGACAGUUCUUUGUUGGCACAGAAGGCAACACAGAAAAUCAGAUUGUGGCGGAUAAUUUCAUUUCUCAAGAAGCCUUUGGUUUAACAUAAUUUAAGUAAAGUUCUUCAAGAACUCAAACUCGUACAACUGAGUUUUUGUUGAAUUAUUGCAGUGUAGUGUAGUAUACUAGCAGAUUCAUCGAGCAGAUUAGUUUAGGGCUUUUUUUUAUAGAAGUUAAUUGUUUUGAACGGUAAAGUGCUGUAUUCCAGUGACAUUGAAAUUAAUUUCCUGUGAAUUCUGUCUCACCAGUGUGUGCAUUACGGUGAAGGGCAUUGGUGGGUUUGGAACUUGUGGCUAUUGGAUGUGAUAUAGAAGUUCAUGGAGAAGUGUUGAACCUGGAAAUGAAUGUGGGGACAUGGUGCAUGGAGAGGAGCAUAGUUACUGGUCCAUUCCCUUUUUGGAACUGUGCUGUGGGAAAGUAAUUCAAUCAUUUUCUUCGUUGAAAGGCGUUGCUGUUUUGUGUUUUGGGAUUCUGUUCAAUGUCGCGUUGCUUUCCAUUUCCACCACCAGGAUAUGAAAAGAAGGCCAGGAGUGAUGAUUUUGACCUACUAAAAAAGGAGGACAAAGAGAAGAAGAACAAGGAGAAGAAAGAUAAAGAAAGGAGACAAGAUAAAGAAAAGAAGGAGAAAGAUAGGAGUGAUGGAAAGCAUAGAGAUAAGAAAGACAGAAAGGAAAAGCAUAGAGAGAAAAAGGAGAAGGAUAAAGACAAAAGCAGUGCCUCAGAUGAAAAGAGACUUCUGGGGCAAGCUAUGCUUAACAAUGGAGGAGACAGAGCCUCAGAUGAAAGGAAACUUCCUGGGCAAUCUAAUGGUGGAGAGGUGUGCACUCAGAAGAGGAAGGAAAGGGAUCUGGAUAAAAAUAGUAUCUCUGGUGACAAAAAUACUGCUGGACAGUUUUCAGGUCAUAACGGUCAGAAGCUCAUUCAAAAUAGCAAUUUGUCUCAUCAACCUAAGGAGUCCAAAUUUGUACAGCAGCUGGGCAAGAGGGCCAGAGAGGAAGACAGAAAGCAGUUCUUUGAGAAGUUCACUGAUACAGAUGCAAAAAGAGAUGAGGGAAUGGUUAGACUGGCGGCAAAGGCCCCUGGCAAUUUGGUUGACGGAAAAGAAAAGAACAAGAGAGAUGAUGAUAGAAAGGUGGAUGGGCAAGGAAUCAGGGAUGAGGCUACUGCUAGUGCUCAGAGCAUUUCUGGAACAUUCAAGGCUAAAAUUGAUGGAAUGCCAAGAUCACUGGAGAAAGACAAUGAGAAGAAGAUGGAAGGGAAAGAUAAGACCAAACAAAAGGAAAGUCAGGAUAAACGUAAAAAUAAAGAGAAAAAAAGCAAAGAGAAGGAUAAAGUCAGGGAUAAAGAGAAGAAAAAAGAGGAGAAAGCUAAGGAGAAAAGCGAGCAUAAGAUGAAAGAGCCAGUUAAAUUGAAGGAAAGCAAUAUGUUUGACCUUCUAGGUGACCAUACUGUAAAAAGCUCACAUCUUCUCAAGGAGAGCACUAAUAGUGUUGUUGGUGAUGUAAAGAUCAAGAAACGUAAGGACUCUGACACAAAUGGACUUUUGCAUGCUGAUGAUAUUAAGCCUAAUAAGUUGCCAAGGCCUACUUCCUUGCCUGUAUCAGCUGAGAAUGGAAGAAUGUUGGGAAAUUGCAAAAUUCCCACCGCAGUUAUACAAGGUAGGCAGGAGGCUGUCAAUAGCGAUAAGGUGGAUAGUAAAGAACAGAAGAUAAAUGGUUUGAUAGAAGCUCUAGCUCCACCCAUCUCCUCAACGACCCAUCCGCAAUCAAUCUCUUUAACAAAGUCUUUAACAAAACCUUCACAUUCAACUGCACAAACUGAUCAAAUAGCCGAAUUGUCUAGGAAACAACCCCAUCCAGAUUCCAAGUACCUUCUUGAGGUGCUUACAGUACCCAAAAUGGAAGAGCUGCCGGAUUUUGAGGACCAAGAAUGGCUAUUUCAGAGUACUAAUUUCCCAACAAAGAAGCUCCAGGUUGGGUUUUCAGGGAUUGACGAGACACGACAGGUUUGGUCAGAAGCUCUGCAGAUUGGGUCGGCUGAUGUUUAUGCACUGCCAUACGUUAUUCCCUAUUGAUGAUUUAUGCAGUUGGAUAUGGUUGGCCAUCCUGCACCGUCUAAUGUUAUAGACCCUCCAUGGGACCACUCUGAGGAGAGGAAUAGCAGCAUCUGGGCCUUGGGUUGGUUAUUUGAUUCUCAAGCUGCUAUUUUCUUGGACAAUGUGGUCUGCAACUGCCUCAUUUUAGAGACAGUAGUGAUGUGCAUUCGUCAACUGCCUGACUUUUGUAAAGUUGGUGAAUGCAAAUGACAUCGGACAUCAUUGCAUACUGGAGGUGGGGGAUAUUCCUCCUGGCACAGAUUCACUAAUUCUUUCAGAAAAAGCAACCGAGCAGGGUUGCUUGGUAGAGAGAUGCAUAAGCUUGUGCAAUUUUAUCUUGUUUGCCUAAAGCCUAGUUCUUUCUAGUUGAAAAUGUAAAAGAAAAUGGCUGUGGUCUUGGCAACUCCACGACAAUUUUGAUUUGUAACAUACAAGGCUUAUUUACAGGAAAUGUCAGAUAGAAGAAAAGGUAGUAGCAUUCAUUUA